GGGCUCACUAAUGGACCGAGCUCGUCGCAACUUUGUCUCAGAAUCACUCAAAUUUCAGAUGCUGCCUGCCGCGUCCAAGGAGAACUGAGCAGGGAGGCAAUGGCCAGGCUAAUACGACCUCUAAGGCAAUGGCCACUGUUCCAGCACCACUGCUGCCCUCCCUCAUCUUUUUAUCAUCUCCUAUCUCCAUCCUUUGUAUUUCCCAUCGAAACUGCUUCUCACCGUCUCGCUUUCGCUACCGUGCUCUCUUCUAAUCGAGGCAUCCAUUAUCGAUCUCGAGGUCUCAGAUUGCCCGAUACUCCUACAGCGUCCGAUAACGAUGAAGGAGCAAACAGCAGUGAUUCAGAUUCAGAUGCAACGAAGAGCCGCAACCAGAAGAAACGCGAGGCUAGGCGCGCCGUUCGUUGGGGCAUGGAGCUGGCUUCUUUCUCCGCCCCUCAAAUCAAUCGCAUUCUCAGAGUGGCGUCCCUUGAGCGAGAAGUGUACGAUGCUUUAAUGCUAGUGAAGAGACUAGGACCCGAUGUUCGAGAGGGAAAGCGGAGGCAAUAUAAUUAUAUUGGGAAACUACUGCGGGAGGUAAAACCAGAAUUAAUGGAUUCUUUGAUUCUUGCAACAAAAGAUGGUGACUGGAGUAGGCUUCAGGCUGUAUCUGGUCUGGAGGCAGGGAUUUUUGGGGAUGAUUAUGAAGAAUCUGACAAAACUGAAUAUGAAGAGGAAGAAAAGGAGGUUUCACAACGUUACAUUGACAUGGCAACCAGAUGGCUUGAUGGCCUGCUCAAUAAGGACUUAAAGAUUACAAAUGAAGUUUAUGCUAUUCACACUGUUGAUUUUGAUCGUCAGGAACUGCGUAGACUUGUUCGAAGAGUGCAUGCAGUUCAAGAACGCAGGAAUAUCGAUGAGGAGAAUGAACAAGAAGUAGAAGCGGCAAUAACGGUUGCCAAAAAGUCCCUAACCCAUUUCCUUCGAGCUCUCGCCAAGCAAAUGCCUAUGGAAUCUAGUCAUAUUGGGUGGAAGAUCCAGUAUUAUAGUCAAAGGAGGGAAACAGGCUUAGCAAAGACAACCAGUGUCCGAUUCUUUUGGUUUUAGACUUGGUGAGGGAAAACUUAAGCAUAUAUUGGCGAUCAGUGACUUUUGCAGUGACGAAAACCUUGAAUCUAAAUUUGCAAAUUGCCACCUCCUGAGUCACCUUUCAGGACUCGCUCUCAACAGUACAUCCAUGCCCUUUAGUAAGAAACUCGUAACUUUCUACGAGCAAUUGAUUAUUUUUUUAAAGAUGUACUAAACACUUAAAUUCAGCUGUUUAAAUAUUUGUUAGCUAUAGUUACAUCCCAGUAGAGUUACACCCUCAUAGUAUGAUGGUUCUUACGGAUGAUGUCUUCAUUAAUUGUGGAUUCUUGUGGCUCACAGCCAACGUUUAUUUAUUUAUAAUCAUUUUUUUUUUGUGAC